AUGGCAACUCCACUCUUUGGCCUCAUCCCGACGGGCCAUCCUCUGAUCGCCGAGCCUUCGUCGACACCUUCACCAACAUCAUGCUUAUAUGCACUCCCCACUACGAAACCAUUCACCCACGUUACCAUCCUCCUCCUACCAAAUGUCACCCUACCCCCUCAGACGGCAGCCGCCAUCUACGUGGCUACAGCCUCGACGGUGGCCUCGGGCAACCCUAAUUUCAAAUUUCUAGGCGGCAUCGGCCCCGGCAAAGAGAGCGCCAUGUUCAAGGUUGGAGGUGGUGGUGAAGGCGAUGGGUUGGUCAUCGGCAUCGACGUGGAAAGCGAGGAUGAAGUCGGGCGGCGAUUGCAGGAGCUAGCGGCGAGCAAGCCCAAUGCUUCCGGGGGUCAACCGCCUACCGUCGUGCUGGCCCAGCGCAUCAUUCAGAAUGCAUUCAACUUUCUCACCAGCUUCAGCGGAACAGCCGGACCGGGUGGCGUCGAAGUCGUUCCUUUGAAAGCGUUCGAGGAUUGGUGGAAGAAGUUCGAGUCAAGAGUCAGGGCCGACCCAAGUUUCCUAGAGAAACAGGCCGACUGA